CUGUAGCACCGCGGCGCAAACAGGACCUUGACUCACAUAGGCUACACACGCGCACGCAUUCUACCGAGGAAGAGCUUUUAGUGAGUGUCGGGACCUCUCUUUUUGCUAUGGUGGCGUUGCCUGGGAGCGGUAGACUAACCCGUCAGUGUGCUACAGGAUAACAUUACCAUCCUGGAUAUGACUCUGUCCCAUGGAGGUCGUCUAGCUCUUGGCGAGCGUGCAAGUGUUUGUUCAACUUCGACAGCUCCCUCCCUCUGCCCUCUGUGGCUAUGAAAGAGUCCAGCUUGCCCAAAGUCUGUGCAAACGCUGGUCUCUUCGCGCAGAGAGGCAUGCUGUACCGAUCCAAGUACAGCCGCCUCCGCAACGACUCGGUCACCUCGCUGGAGGACAGCCCUCCGACCGGCGGCGGACCCCUGAAGGUCGGAGCCAAGGCCCCUCCCUGCGUGGCCCCCAACCAGCCCGGCAGCCUGGCCCUCCUGGACCCCGCCGCGUCCUCUCCUCCCCAGGAGGGGGGCUCGUCCACCCUGUGCGCCUUCAUCCCUCGCAUGGCCAACAUCAAGAUCUCCAGCCCGGCCUCUCUGCUGGGGCUGCGCAGACUGAGCCCCCGGAGCCAGCCUGAGCCUGAGCCCGCGUCCAGCUGCUGCCCUGGCACCAGCGGGCAGCACGGGGCGUCCUGUCCCUUGGCAUGCAAAAUGUGUGUGUCGUCUCCCCGCAAGACCAACAUGGAGAUCGACUGGUGUGGCCUGGAUCAACCGGGCUGCGGCGUGUCUUUCAAGAUCAAGUACAUGGGCUGUUUGGAGGUGAUCCAGUCAAUGAGGGCUCUGGAUUUCGAGACAAGAACGCAAGUCACACGGGAAGCUAUAUGUCGGCUGUGUGAGAGUGUGCAAGGGGCCAAGACAGCGCUGAAGCGGCGAAAGCCACCACGUAAAGGCCUGUCAACAAUUCUGGGCAAGAGCAACCUGCAGUUUUCUGGAACAAACCUCAAGCUGAGCAUCACGAUGAACAGUUUAAAAUUAACCACUCUUGAUUCCCUUCAGACUGUGGCUCACCACCCGAUGCAGUCCAUUUCCUUUGCCUCCGGAGGAGACCCUGAGACUGCAGAUUAUGUUGCUUAUGUUGCCAAAGAUUCUGUCAAUGAAAGAGCUUGUCACAUACUGGAGUGUCCAGAGGGCCUGGCACAAGAGGUGAUCAACACGAUCGGACAGGCGUUUGAAAAGCGUUUCCGGCAGUUUCUUAGCAGUCCGCCGUCACACACAGUGGCCAAGGAAAGAGUGAAUGCAGAAGAGUCCCACCGCAGCCUGGUGCUGGUCAGAAGCCUCAGCCCAGAGUGUCUCGGUUCCCGCGGAGGCCACAACUACUACAACGAGGUCCUGGGCACCAAGGCGGCGGCGCCGGGGGGUCCGCGGGACCCGUGCGUGGAGCUGGCCGAGCUGCGGGAGGAAGACGAGGGUCGAGGAAGGACAGGCUCCCCGCCGCUCAGCGCACUCUACGAGAACUGCCCACUCCCGCACAGGCAGCUGCUGCCACCUGCAGAGCCGCUCGAACAGACGGGGAGUGAGACGGAGGUGGAGGACGGCCCGCUAGCGGAAGCAUCGCCGCUGCCAAGCGCGCCCGUGCCCGUUCCCGUGACCGCCCACCUCCUCCACCACCUCCACCACCACCACCCCCACCAGCCCCACCACCCCCACCAGCCCCAGCAGCAGCAGCAGCCCUUGGCCGGAGAGGGCUGGUACCACGGCAGGCUGAGCCGGCGGGAGGCCGAGGGCCGGCUGGCCCGCAGCGGCGACUUCCUGGUGCGGGAGAGCUGCUCGGCGCCGGGCCAGUAUGUGCUGAGUGGGCUGCAGGGCGACGCCGCCAAGCACCUGCUGCUCAUGGACCCGGAGGGAACGGUGAGGACGAAGGAUAACGUAUUCCAAAGUGUUGGACAUCUCAUUCGGCACCACAUGGACCAUCAGCAGCCCAUCGUGUCCUGUGGAAGCGAGCUGUGUUUGAAGCAGCCUGUGCUGCUGAAGCAGUAGCCGCGUCCGAGCGGCGCGAGGAACUCUGUGCCCGUACAGUACAUGUCUUUCUGCACUUUCUGUGGACCUCCUUCCACCUGCAUGGCCAUUAUAGUGAAUACAGUGAACAGCAACUUUGGUCACCGUCCAUGGACUUACUCAGCCAGGGAUUUUAACCACAAAAGAGACUCUUUUAGCUUAUACAGAUGUCUGAAAGCACAAUAUAUAGAUAUAUAGAGGUUGAAGAGGUUGCCUGCUGUGUUUUGUUAAAAAAAAAAAAAGAUUUUCUUUGUGUUGUUUCUUUGAUAUGGUGCCUUGUUGGAGUUAUCAGACAUAUGAUUGAAUAUUUUGUAAACUAGAUUUUUCUACUUUGUAUUUUGAUACAUGUCACAUCUCAGAAAUGUCUUUAAAAUGAACCGGAGCUGAUAUAGCUGUGUCUCUUUCAUAUCAUGAAGGCGAAGGAGCUUGAUAUAUUUCAUUUUGAUUAAACUAUACUACACUUUAAUACUCAGUUCAACCCUGAAAUAUGCAAAACAUGAUAUCAAUACGUUGUUUGUACAUUGGAGCUUUAAAUAGAUUCAGGAGAUGCAUGAAUAAGGUACUAGAGUAGAGCUUGUCAGUGGCCUAAAUGUGUUUAGCAGCAUAAAAACACUGAGCUCGGUAAAACUUGGUUUUACAAUUCUUUACAAUGGAAUACAUAGCAAAUACAAAUAAUAAAGAUUGGAACAGCCAGUGUUUCAGUAUAGUUAAAUACAGAUUAAAGGAACAAGGUUUUCCAAACAUCUCAUGAAAAUGUUGUGUAAAAAAACGUACAGUGUAAGAGUUUUAACUGAUAUACCUUUUAUACUAAGAUAAGAUAAUUAGGCUGCUCAAAAAGGCGUCAUAGAAUUACAGAAAUGAAAAUGAGAAUUUCACUCUGCAUUGUAAAUGUAUUUCUCCUUUUCUUUUUAAAUGUUCAUGUAAAUAUUUUGAAAUGAAUAUGCCUUGUCUGCAAGGACUUAGUAUGUUAAAAUAAACUGG